CACCCCUGAAGCUCUAUAAAUAUCACCAAAAUUUGCAACACAUACAUCGACUAAAAUAUUAGUUGAAGCAAUGGAAGAGUGCACAGGGAAAAGUUCAUGGCCGGAAUUGGUAGGAGUAAAUGGAAACAAGGCGGUGACUAUUAUUGAAAAGGAGAAUCCAAACGUAGAUGCUAUUACUGUGUUGAUUGGAAGCUUUGUCACCCAAGACUUCCGCUGUGAUAGGGUGCGGGUGUGGGUCGACAAGUAUGGCAUUGUCGGACAAGUUCCUCACAUUGGCUAGAUGCAUGUUAUAUUUAUAUAAAUAAAAGUUAAUAAAGUGGCUGAUAUAGUUUGUCACGAAAUAAAUAAAACUAUGGAUUUAUGUAUCAUUUAUAUGAAUUAAUUACAUGGCAAUAUGGCAUGCUCUUUA